UAGCCUGUAGCCUCGGUUAGCUUGCUUUAGGUUAGUUUAGCCUGUAGCCUCGGUUAGCUUGCUUUAGGUUAGUUUAGCCUGUAGCCUCGGUUAGCUUGUGUUGGUUUAGUUUCUCUGCAGCAUGUUGUCCCAGUUGUUUUAUGGCUUCUGUCACGUUUGAAUCCUCUGAUAUGCUAUAGCUAGCCGGGCUGCAAGCUGCCAUGAAGCUAGCAGACGUUUAUCAGCUGCUUGAUUAGCAAAAGAAGAAAUAAAUCCACCACACGAGAGUCAAAUCCAGCAGGACGUCAUCGGAUCAUAUCCGUGAGGUUUAAUCGGCUAAAUAACGCACUAGAUGCUAAUGCUAGCAUGUUGGCCGGGGCUGUGUGCAGCUGUCAGGUUAUGAUAGCAGGAGGAAGGACAGGAAGACAGACAGGUGAGCAGGAAGAGAGGUGAACAGAGACACAGACAGGUGAACAGAGACAUCAAUCAAUUGAGAGUUGCUGAUUGUGAUUCUGGGUAUUGAUCCAGUUUAAGUUUUGUUGACUCACAAUGAAAUUAUUUUAUUUAAAUAAGUUUCAUUCUGUUAGUCAGUGAUCUUUAGAGCUGUUGGUCAUCCAUUGAUAUCCCCUCCCUCCUCCUCUUCUCCCCCUCCUCCUCCUGUAGGAGUGUUAUACCUCCAUGUGUCCUGUCUGUAGGACUAUGCAGUGUUUGUCCACUAGGUGGCUCCUCCUCCUGAGCAGAGCUCAUCGCCCCUCCCGCCCCGCCUCCCAGUCAGUCAACAUGUACACAACCCGUCUCUACAACAGCACGGGGGGAGGAGGAGGGGGAGGAGUCAAACAUGGGCGGAGGGUGGGGCUUGAGGCGCCACCCCCACCCCACCCCCCUCCCUACCCUUUGUACCAGGGUCGCCCCGAGGCCCCUCGUGGAGCUCACUUCCACCCCCACUACCACGCCCACCUGGCUCCGCCUCUCCUGCCCCCCCACUAUCAGCACCACUUCCACACAUAUGGAGGCGGAGCUCCGGCUGGAGGGGCCGCCCCCCCCCGCCGCUGCUGGCAGCAAGAAGAAGACGUGGAACUUCAUCCACGAGAAGAUGAGCUACGACACGUUCUUCACCAUGAAGCGUCUGAUCGAGCGCUCACGGCGUCCCGACGAGGUUCUCCGAUGGGUCACCCAGAACCCCUCCAAGGUCUCCCACAACCACUACCCUGUGGCUCUGCAGAAGAUCGGUCAGCUGCUACAGGCCACGCCCCCGGCACGGGGCGGGGGGGGGCACCCCGAGGCUCCAGUAGGAGGAGGUGACGGACGGGACGUCCUGGAGCAUCAGGACUUCCACACGCUUUGUGACGCCAUCGUCAACGACUGCGCCAAGUUCGACAACUUCAGCAUCGUCAACUGUCUGUACGCCGUCGCCGCGCUCGGUCUACCCAGUGACUCUCAGGUGGUCCAGGUGUUGGAGGUGGAGUCUCAGUCCAGACUGAACCAGUUCAACCAGAAGGACGUGUCCAUGGUGUUCAGCUCCAGCAUGAAGCUCCACAUGGGCAUCCAGCACCCUCUGACCGAGGCCUGCCUGGCCGGUCUGGAGAAGAACCUGGAGCGAGAGCGCCACCCGCAGACGCUGUUCCUGCUGCUCUCGUACUACCGACUCAAGUGGCGCUCGCUGCAGCCGCAGGAGCCCGUCGCUGCCACAGGGGGCGCUAACACCGCCACCGCUAACAAUAGCAACACGCCUGCAAACCCUGAACAGCUGCUCGCCAACAGGAAGAUCUUGCGUCUGGUCAAACACACCUUAGCGAGUGUCAGCGGUGUUCGUGACCAGGAGAUGGCGCUGUUGGAUGAGAUGUUGGCGGCGUGUGUUCGGGAGGCGAGCAACAAGAGUCUGGAGUUGAUAUUCAGCUCUCACCUGUUCUACCAGAACAGACAGGAGAGGUUCAUCAGCAGCCUGGCAGAGGAGUUGCCUAAGAAGGUGGACAGCAUCACUCCAUACACGAUGGCUUUGAUUGCCAAAUACAUCGCCCGCCAUCGGCUGAGAGAGACUCUGCUGCUCGACACCAUUGCAGACUUUCUGGUGAAGAAGGCGGAGUACCUGGACAGUAAGGUGAUCCAGAAGCUGGUGUUCCCGUUCAGCAGGAUGAGCUACCGUCCAUCCAAUGAGGAGCAGUUCUUCUCUCGGUUGGAGGAGGUGGUAGAGCUGAAGGCGCUCAGCUCGCCGCUCGCCACCGUCAACAUCCUCAUGUCUCUGUUCCAGCUGGGACACUUCCCCGGCCUGGUGCUGCACAGAGUCUUCUCCUCCGCCUUCAUCAGCAACGUCACCAACAGUCCUUACGCUCCGAUAGUCCGGCGGUACCUCUCUCUGCUGGAUGCUGCUGUGGAGCUGGAGUACCGAGAGUACACCGGACCACGGCUGCAGGACGCCCACAAGGUCCUGAUGUUUGACCACGCCCUGACUGCUGAUGAGGUCAACCGCAAGUACAGUUAUAAAGGUCUGGUUGCUGAGGCUCUACGACAGCUGGUUGGAGAACAGAACUACAAACAGGAUGAAGUACUGGCCCCGGGAUACUACACAGGUACUACACACUGAGUACUACACACACACUGAGUACUACACACACACUGAGUACUACACACAC